AGUGCUACGAUUCGAUCACCAAGUAAAGUGCUUUUAUUAUGAAAAGUGCAAAAUGGACAUAAAUAGUUUUCUUGACAGUGCCGGGCUGACACAUUUGUCGCAGCGUAUGGUGGAGGAGGGAGUGACACUUGAUUUUUUGCUGCAAGCAAAUGAUGAGGAGUUGUCUGAACUGACAACAAAAGUUGCAGACAAAAUAAGACUGAGAUCUUCAUUAGAGAAAAUUAGACAUAAAAACGCCCCUUUUAUGAAUGACCCCGGACUGUUCUCUCCAAGGUCCAGCGCAUGCAGCAGCCCAGUGCCAGUAGCUUUGCCUGAAAGGCAAAGUAUAUUAAUUCUAGGACCAAAUGGAACUCUUGAGGGUACUCCAUUAGAGAUCAGACCAAGUGUACAGCCCACUAUACAACAGAUCACACCUGUGCAACCACCUACGAUACCGGCCACACCUGUGCAGCCUCCACAGCCUCCACAGGCGUUGCAAGAUUAUAAUAGGGAAGGAUACUUCGAAUCAAAGUUGGUGAGGAACAAGCAAAUUCAACCGCGUUGCUGGGAAUUGUUGCUUUGCUCCGGCAAAUGCACACUAUCGCAGUACCGAAAAAAAAAGUGUGGAGGCUGUCAAGGCACGAGGCAAGCACUGGUUUCCUGGCGCGCGUUGCAGCAGCGUCAGAGAUUGCCACAUAUUGCCCUCAACAAGAGGCAUUCAACCUCUCAAAAGGCAUAG